AGCUGCAGCCAGGUGGUGAUCAAUGGAGGGGCUACGUCCAGUGGUGAGCAGGACAAUGAGGACACGGAGCUCAUGGCAAUCUAUACGACAGAGAAUGGCAUCGCAGAGAAGAGCUCUCUUGCAGAGACCCUGGACAGCACUGGCAGCCUAGACCCCCAGAGGUUGGACAUGAUUUAUACCAUAGAAGAUGUUCCUCCCUGGUACCUGUGCAUAUUUCUAGGGUUGCAGCACUACCUGACAUGCUUCAGUGGAACAAUUGCAGUGCCCUUUCUGCUGGCUGAUGCCAUGUGUGUGGGGUAUGACCAGUGGGCCACCAGCCAGCUCAUUGGGACCAUUUUCUUCUGUGUGGGAAUCACAACAUUGCUUCAGACAACGUUUGGAUGCAGGUUACCCCUGUUUCAGGCCAGUGCUUUUGCAUUUUUGGCCCCUGCUCGAGCCAUCCUGUCUUUAGAUAAAUGGAAAUGUAACACCACAGAUGUUUCAGUUGCCAAUGGAACAGCAGAACUGUUGCACACAGAACACAUCUGGUAUCCCCGGAUCCGAGAGAUCCAGGGAGCCAUCAUCAUGUCCUCAUUGAUAGAAGUGGUCAUCGGCCUCCUGGGCUUACCUGGGGCUCUGCUGAGAUACAUUGGGCCUCUGACCAUCACACCCACAGUGGCCCUCAUUGGCCUUUCUGGUUUCCAGGCAGCAGGAGAGAGAGCAGGGAAGCACUGGGGCAUCGCCAUGCUGACAAUUUUCCUAGUGCUACUCUUUUCUCAAUAUGCCAGAAAUGUUAAGUUUCCUCUCCCAAUUUAUAAAUCCAAGAAAGGGUGGACUGCAUACAAGUUACAGCUUUUCAAGAUGUUCCCUAUAAUCCUGGCCAUCCUUGUGUCCUGGCUGUUGUGCUUCAUCUUCACAGUGACCGAUGUCUUCCCUCCUGACAGCACAAAGUACGGCUUCUAUGCACGCACCAAUGCCAGGCAGGGUGUGCUUCUGGUAGCCCCGUGGUUUAAGGUUCCAUAUCCAUUUCAGUGGGGACUGCCCACCGUCUCUGCGGCCGGUGUCAUCGGCAUGCUUAGUGCCGUAGUUGCCAGUAUCAUUGAGUCCAUCGGUGACUACUAUGCCUGCGCCAGGCUUUCCUGCGCCCCACCACCUCCUAUCCAUGCAAUAAACAGGGGGAUUUUCGUGGAAGGUCUCUCCUGUGUUCUCGAUGGCAUAUUUGGUACUGGGAAUGGCUCUACUUCAUCUAGUCCCAACAUUGGAGUUUUGGGAAUUACAAAGGUUGGCAGCCGCCGGGUGAUCCAGUACGGUGCCGCCCUCAUGCUGGGCCUGGGCAUGAUCGGCAAGUUCAGCGCCCUCUUCGCGUCCCUCCCAGACCCUGUGCUCGGAGCCCUCUUCUGCACACUCUUUGGAAUGAUUACAGCAGUUGGGCUCUCUAACCUACAGUUCAUUGACUUGAAUUCUUCCCGGAACCUUUUUGUGCUUGGAUUCUCAAUCUUCUUCGGGCUCGUCCUUCCAAGUUACCUCAGACAGAACCCUCUAGUUACAGGCAUAACAGGAGUCGAUCAAGUGUUGAAUGUCCUUCUCACAACUGCAAUGUUUGUAGGAGGUUGUGUGGCUUUUAUUUUGGACAACACCAUCCCAGGUACUCCAGAGGAAAGAGGAAUCAGGAAAUGGAAGAAGGGCGUGAGCAAAGGCAGCAAGUCUCUUGAUGGCAUGGAAUCCUACAAUUUGCCAUUUGGCAUGAACAUUAUUAAAAAAUACAAAUGCUUCAGCUACCUACCCAUCAGCCCAACCUUUGCAGGCUACACAUGGAAAGGCUUCGGGAAGGGUGAGAACAGUCGGAGUUCAGAUGAAGACUCGCAGGCCACAGUAUAGCCUUAGCUGUGCCCUGUGGCCCAGCCACAGUGAGGCAUGUAUCUGUAGUUCCUUGCUGAGUAACAAGAAGUAAAAUAUAUGUUUGUAUAUCUACAUUUACAUUCUGCAUCCCAGAGCUAAGACAGGUUGCGUCACUCUUCUGUUGUGGGCGGUGAUUGUGUCUAAAUAUGGUGUCUCACCUGUUUCCUUAUUUAAGCCCCGAUCCUUUGCCCUCUGAGAGUGUCCAUUGCUGGCCAUGGUCACUGAACUUGAGAUUCCAGUCCUCCCACAGGAGUACUUCUUUUCAAUCCCUUCCCAUCACCCAUGCCAGCUUUCCUACAAGCCACCUCCAGGAUGAAGGCCUAUUUUCUCUUCUCUUGACCUCAGCCUGUGCCUACAGAGGCUGUCUUUGGCCAAGGGGCACCAGUGUCCUCACAUUGUCACAACUCCCUGGUCCAGUGUAUUCUGUUGUUCCUGAUACUUCUGUAGGAAGCUAUUGACCUAACUGGAAACAGUGGCAUGGCUGCCAUGUGCCCAGUUGUGGGCAUGUGUGAAGUCUGUGCAGAUACUGUUGAAUAGAAUUCUGUUAGGGGCUAAAAGGGAAGGGAAAGGACUUGAGUCGGGAUUCUCAGUUGUUCUUUUCCCUGCCUCCUUGGCCCCAUCUGGGCCAGCACAUUUCACACUGACCUCUUUUAGUGGCAGAGACGCCCUGUUUAGCAUUUAUCACUACUGGCUGGUGUGAUGGGUAUAGAGUGCCACACAGAGGCACCAGUCAGAUAAGGCUAUGGGUGUCUUGGCUCUGUUGUCAUGUAGAUUUAUUGUUAUGCGCGUCUAUAAUUACAAGGUUUUAUUCAAACUAUUUAAUGUUACUGACUAUAGCAGAUUUUCCAAAUCAGUGUUUUUCAUAUGGUCCUCUUCCCUUGCACCCCAUCACUCGUCCCCCACUCCCCACCUCCAUUAAGAAAAGAACCAGCAUUUGUAAAGCUGUGGAUGCCAUCAGGGAAGCUCGUUGUAAUGGCUUUUGAAGGCUAGUAACCAUUGUUGUGGUUGUGUUUUGUAUUGCUUGAUACCAUGAAAGUGUAAAUACUGUAAUGCCUAAUCUAUUUAUCAAAACUGACUACUGGACCAGAGCCCAGAAACUGUGGGUCAGGUGACAUGUGAAUUUGUUUUGUGGAGAAGGGAAGUUGGGACAGGUAACAAACAGAGCCGCCCUGUUGGAUGGUCCAUCAUCUUGAUAGAUUUUUCUCCCAUUCUUCUGUUCAAAGUCAUUUCUGGCAGGUACAGCUUAAAGAGUCUUUGCUGGGGUUACCAUGUGGCAUGCCAGUGGAUCUUGAUUUUGCAGAAGGGAAAGGAAGAUUCCUUCGCUAAACACUCCCUUUAAUUUGUUGCAGAGGAUGGUAAGAAAAACAGCUAACAGGUGCUGUUAAGAGUUCUAUCUUACAACACUAAAUUCUUCCUGACAAAGUGGCUUCUACUGAAUUUGGUUCAAAGGUUUCAGCCAAAGGAAAAGCCUAAGACAUAACAUACUGACCUUGCUUCAUGAGGUUGUGCCUUUCUUAAAUGGCUUUUGACCUGCCUAAACUUCAGGCGGCAGUGGGUGUUCCUGUCUGCCCCAGCAGGACAUGGUUCUCAGCAGCCUUGUGUCCACAGGGUGCAUUUCCUGUGCCCUGGCUCCCAGGCUGUCUCAACUUCACCAACUUUUCAGGUCUUUGUUUCUACACCCUUGACUCCUGGAAGUUUUGGGUUUCAAAAUCACCUCAGAGCCACUCAUUGUUUUGCCAAAAUCUUACUGCAGAUUAAGUAAAGAACUUAGAUUCUAAAUUACAUUUAAGUUUUGUAUGUUUUCUUUUAAAUGUGUAUUCAGUGCACAGUUACUUUAGAAAUACACUAGUCAAGUUUCCAUCCCUCUAACCUUGGUAAGCCCUUCAGACUGACAGUUCUCCUGCACUAUGAUUGCUCUCAGUUCCUUCUAUAUGAAUUAAUUUCUCUACUCUGAAAAAUGGAGAAAACUGCUAAAUGUCCCAGAGAUCUGUAGGAUUCUAGCUCUUGGGUGAGCGGAAAGAACACGUUUCCAAAUAAAAAGCAUCAGAACUGCUGGCCAUGGUGGCACACGCCUGUUAUCCUGGUACUUGGGAAACAGAGGCAGGAGAAUCAUGAGUUUGUAGCCAGCCUGGACUAUGAAAACCUGUUUCAAAAAGAAGCAUCAGAACCAUUAAUACUUUAGGCUCAACUUCCUGUCAGCUAAUGUGACUGGGUAUCUUCCCUUCUGAGAGUUCUCACUAGUGUGUGGGCCUCAGGUAUCUAGAAACCCUCUUCCUUUGAACCCUUCCUUGGCCAGAUUUUACUGUGAGGACCCCCCACCUCCCAUUGUAAAUGGGUUUUUGCCCUUCAUGUUCCAUUGGAACCAACUGUUGAUAUUUCUGUCCAAGGAGGGGGAAGGGACAGGAGGAGGAAGGAAAAAGAGCAGCCUGACCAGAUGCCGUCACUGAACUGGGUACUUUUCACCCAGUCUUGAGCAGUUGGAGUCCCCGAUCACGAACCCAUCUUGCACAUGAAACACAUACUUGCACAAGCCAUUGUAGGAAGGUCUCCCUGCUGCAGAAUAGAAGUCCGUAAUUGAAAGCAAAACGACGUAUACGUAUCUUCUGGAGCUCAAGCACACACCUGAAGGGGAGGCUUUGGGGAGGUACGGUCGGUGCCUGAUACACUUCCUGUUCGAGUUGUUGGCCUGCAUUGCUGGGGCUGUGUGCUACCCUGCUUGUUUUGCCAAGAGACUACCAUAAGAUACUUUGUGAAUGUCCCUGUGGACAUUCCAUUUCACAGUGACCACAUACUCACCAUCUCUCCCUGCCUUGCCCCGAAGUUUGGAAAGCAUUUGUGUCGAUGGUAGAGAGCAGAAAGCGUUAACAAAGACAGGAGGUGUUGCCAGGUUCCUAGUAGGGAAGACCCUACUGGUUAGAUGAUUGUCAUUCUCACUAGGGAGUUAAACUUAGAUUCAUGGAUACAUUUAUCUUCAGAAUCUUUCUUAAGAGGGUUUCUAGUAUUAACUUUUGGUUUCUUGGGAUUGAUUCAGACAAGAGAAGUGGCUCUAUGAGGCCAGCUGGAACAAAGCACCAUGAAUCUCAAUGGUUUCCCAUUUCAUGGUAACAAAUUCACAUACAGGAUUUGCUUUAUACUGCAGAGUACUGACUUUCAUGAUGACAACUUGGUUUAUGCAUGAAUAUUGCAGUAUUUCCAUAUAGUAAAAUAACAUUUCUGCCCAGGAUAAUAGUCACAGUUUUCCAGGGAGGGAAUGAUAUAAUUUUCAUGACAAUGUCAUGUGCCGAUAGAAUUUCUCCAUUGAUGAAUCUCUAGUAUGUGUGUAUACUUUAUUUACCCAUACGUAUAUUUUAAGACCAUGAGCUAAGUUGUUAAUUCUUUCAUUCAUGUCCCUACUGAGAUACUGAUCUAGCAACUUAGACUUAAAAUUGGCCAGUCUGAUCUUCGGUAAUAUCAGUGCCACAGGAGUGGCCGGGCCCAGACAGAAGGUGAGUGAGGAGCAGUGGCAGAAGCUUCAUUGUAGACCCAGCUGGCGGGGGAGAAGCAGCAUCGUGCAGGUAGCUGUACUUAGGCUGUGCAUUUGGCUACAGCACCUGGCCUGGUGUCACUGGAUGCCACGGUGCACACCCAGACACUCCCACUGCACAGAUUAGUGCACAGCUCCUACACCUAAAGGUCACAGAGCUUCUGUCUCUAGGGAACUGCCCCUUCAGAGAAGAGGCCAGGGUUCCACAUGCUGCAUGUUAUCCUCCAUCCCUUAAGAUUUGGACACAGAGAAUAGGAUAUCUCCCACCUCCACUCCUGCAGACAGAACCUCAGUGGUACAAGAAGGCCGCCCAUUUGUGUUCUGCUACCACUCAUGGAUUCCCAAAGCAUAUUAGCACCAGGGGUCCUUUUCAGCAGCCUCUUGAACAUUCCCGUCCUUUCAGGUUGUUGAUUGUGCCUCGCCGUCACGUCACCCCAACAUCCCACGUCCUUAGAAUUGCUGUAUGUGUUUCCUGGCACUUAGGGUAUCUGACUGACAGUUCACAUAAAUACCCUUUUCUUUUUGUUCCUUACCACCUUUGUUUGACAUAUUAAUAAAAUUUCUGACUGUUCUGCAGACAGUGGAGAUGCCUCUGUUUUCCUUGCGUUUUUGUGACUGACCUUGCCCUAUGAACCUUUCUGGGGUUUUGUCUGUUUUUAUUUUUAUUUGCAUACUGAGGGUAUUUGGGGUGGGGUUGUUUUUUGAGAUGUGUAAUUCUUUUAUGGAGUUUUUAAAAAGAAUUUUCAUAUUGUUUUUCUAACAUGGCUUCAUUAAACGUUUAAGUAUUUUAAAAAUAUGUAAUAUUUGGACCAGAUGUUGUGAAUAAUAGUAGAGACAAAACUA